AUGAAUAAAAAAAGAUUUUCGUCCACCGGACUCACCUCCUGGCAUCCAGGGGAACUGAACCAGGAUCAUCUCAACAAGUUAAAAACAAGACCUGGAGAAACCCACGAGACGAAGGGUUCAAAGUUAGUGCAGAAAAGUCCGAAAAAGUCGUCAGAAAGUCGUCUUCACAAAUUCUUUCGGCGAACUCAGACUCGAAAGUCCGAAAGUCAGUCAGAGGUUCUAGUUUCAGCAACAAAGCAAUGUACGUCCCUCUGUGAUAAGAUAAACUCAAGUAGCUUUAGGACGGAUGAGAUAAGUAGAGUUGGGACGGAUGAAAUAAUUAGGAGUAGGACGAAUCAGAUGAGCAUUGUUAGGAUGGAUGAAAUGAUGAGAAGUAGAACGGAUGAAAAGAUUAGACUAAGGACGGAUAGAUUAAACUGGAGCAGGACGAACGAUCUCCGGGAGCGUGAUUGUUCUCGUUCAGAUCUCUUUAUCUCCGAGGGGUCAGCCUUAUCAACUGAGUCUAGCAGGUUUACUCGUGCUUCUCCGAUGAAAAGUCAGGACUCUGGUUACUCCGACUCCGAAGAAGGUUGGAGAGAGAAGGAUCAGUUUGUAUCAAGAGUUUUCGUCCCAUAUGGAUCUUCAAGUCCUCCAUCCGUCCCUGAUAGAUCUCCAAGUCCUCCAUCCGUCUCUAAUGAAUCACCAAGUUCUCCAUCUUUCCGGGAUGGAAUUUCCGGUCCUGUAUCCGUCCUACAUGAAAAUUCCAGUCCUUUAUCCGUCCCUCGUAGAUAUUCUAGUCCUCAUGAAUCCUCCAGCAAUAUAUCCGUCCCUCAUGAAUAUUUCAGUCCAGCGUCCUCCGUACCUCUUGGAACUUAUAGGUCAGAUAAACUUAGCUCUGAAUCUUCUUCUUCUUCAGGAUCAUCUCCAACACUGAACUCCAGAUCUUUUAAUCCAACCCGGAGCUAUUGUCAAACCCUGGAUACACGAUCAACCUUCAGGAGAAUAGAAAAUAUUCCAGAUUUGAUACAUGGAACUUUUCCCAGAUCAAAGCAAAGUCCUGGAUCCUCGUCUCAUCAGAAAAUCAAGGAAGGCCCUGGAUCCUCUUCUUUUCAGAGUAAUAAGCAGGGCCCUGGAUCCCCCUUUCAACCUAUAACCUACGUAAACCAGUGUAAACUUAUCAUAAAUACCGAAGACGACAUCAACCAUGCUCAGGGUCUUAAACCUGAUUUAUUAAAUUCAAGUUCUCAUCUUAAAUCAUCAGUAAAAAUCUCAACUUCCAGCAUCUCCGUCAAACCCGAAUCUCCAAGAAGUCUCCGAAGACCAAAGAAAUCUUUGAGUAGUCCGAAUCCAGGAAGAAAUGGAAGAAGACGACAUUCAGAAAUUUCUGUUCCUGAUAAACCUACUAGAACCCCAAUUAAACCCAGUAGAUCUAGGACAGCAUCAGAAACAGAGAAGACGGAAACCAUGAUAAAACUAAGAAGUGAAGUUGUGGCGCCCCCUGGUGGUCCUGUUGCUAACUGGUUAGAUGAAUUAACAACACGUUUUGACCCUGAAUGCAUGAAUAUGCUUCAAUCUAAGUCUCUUCAACCUGAGCAGAGCUUUACUACGGCUACGUUAGAUAAUUUGCGAGGACUUCAAGAUCAAGCAGUUCAAAUAUCUGAUAUCUUUGCAACAAUUUGCAGGAACCUAGAGGAGUUUAAGAAGAAGGAUAUAUUUUCUGACAUGAAGAACCUGGAGAUUGGAGUCAAGAGAAUCAUCAGUAGGUUCAACACCUGGAGAUACGGUCGAGAGAUCGAGUUUGUGAUCGCCGAACUACCUGGACUCAGGUUGGAUCGAAGAAUUGCUCGCGAGAACGAACUGCUUUGCAUUCAACAGAAGAUAUUUUAUCUAUUGUACAAGAUAAAGAUCUGUGUGUCCAGGGUUGUUAAGAAGAAUCUGACUGAGAUUAUAAGUUUACUACGUGAGUUUGGAUCUGUGUUUAGUUCUCUUAUAGAAACUCUACUAACAGAUAUAGUACGGGAGAGUAUAGAUAUAUUGUAUGGAGCCAGGACGGAUUCAUCUCUCCAGGAUUCUUUAAACCUUGUCUCUAAACUAGGUUUAGAAGGGAACCAUAUCUGUAGAAUUUUUGCAAGAGAGGGAGGGGUUGCAACCCUACUCCGAAUACUCUCUGGAGCAAGAACGCAUGAGAAAGGAAUGAUACUUCGGGCCUUGGGAACUAUCUGUUGUGUUGAGGACGGAGUACAUGAGUUCCAGAGCAAGGACGGAUUAGAACUGGUUGCAGGAGUUCUCAGGGAGGGUUCAGGAGUAGAGGAACAAGUUCAGAUGGAAGCUGCAGGUGUAUUAGCUCAGGUUACCAGUCCUUGGAUAGAGAAUAGUCUUGAUCCUUCUAGGGUUGAUCAUCAUGCUUAUGAUCUUGUCAGUUCUUUAACUAAACUCUGUAGAGAAACUAAAUCUGCUGAAACCUUGUUAUUAUGUUCUGCUGGAUUAGCAAACCUUAGUUAUAUAUCUCCUCUUCUACUCACAGCAAUGUCACAGGUUGAGACUAUUCCAUCUUUACUCUCCUUUAUAUACAAUCAAGUUAGUACUAGUAUAUAUAUACUAGAUCAAGUAGCAACUAUUCUAGCUAAUCUUGCUGCUAGUCAACAUACAAGAGAUGCUCUACUUCAACAUGAUAUUGUACCUGCUCUUCUCCUACUUCUAGCUGUAGAUUAUGAUAAACAAUCUAAUCCAUCUAUACCUCUACUAUCUGCUACACAAAGGGUUCAACAGAAAGCUGCAAUAGCUAUAGGCAGACUAUCUGCAUAUACUAGUAUAUGUUUAUCUAUUCUAUCUGGUGGAGGAUUAGAUAGAUUAGUUGAAUUAUCAGUAUGUAAAGAUGCUAGGUUAGAUAGUGAGUUUACUCUAGUAUCUGUGGUUACAGCUGUUAGGAAGAUAUCACAGACAGUUGAUAUUACAGCUGAGAUAAAUAAACUUGGUGCCAGUGAUAUUCUUAAUUCAAAUAUUCUGCAUUCUAUUCAAAUAUAUAAUCCAAUGCAGGAGAGCUUUGUUUAAAAAGAUUCCUUCGAAAAGAGAGCGUCCUUUAAACAUUAAAUACUUUUGGACCUUUAAACAGAAUUACAAUUGGAAAAUAAAUAGGGUUGAUAACUCAUUCUACAUAAUAUCUUUUGUUCAUAGUGAAUUUAUAAAACAAUGUAAUAUAAUAACUCUUAUUGAGGAUUUUGAAAUAUAAUACAAAACCAAAAAUUUUGUGGAGUCUAGAACAAGAACAAAAAACUCCAAUUCUUAAAAAGAUGCGCAUCUCUAAUUGUGAAACCUGAGUUCAUAAGCAUUUAAAAGUAACGCAACCGACAGUAACAGCAAUAUAAAUUUUUAAUGGUAGUUGAAAAAUCCAAUUAAAUUAUUGUCUUGCAUCCAUGGAUUGACUACAUAGUAUUUUCUGUAGAAAUCCACGAGUGGUUUCCUAAAAUAGUAUUGGCCAUCAAAGAUAAAAAUGCAAGGAUUCAGAUCCAAUAAAAUUUUCUGGUCAACUGUUUUAAGGGCAAAAAUGUGUAUCUAGUAUGGCACAUUUUAAGUAAAGGAUAGCCUAAAAAUGUAAUAGUUGUUAAUUUCAUAUUGUUUACUGUAAUC